AUGGACAAAGAAACGUUAAAGCUAGGAGAUGUCAAAAUUUUGAAGGAAUCGAAUGAUUUUAAUUACUGUUUUUCCUAUAAAACAUCGUACGAGGACACACAGUUUAAAACAGUCAUUAUAGACAAAAUUGGUAAGACAAGAAACACUGCCAAUAAUAUCAGUGUUAAAAAAGUAUACAGAGAAAAAAUUCCUAUAUGUGAGAAGAAGAAGAAAGGUUUGCUAGACCUUAUUAGGAAAAAUACUGUACCAAGGUUUUAUAAACUGUUUUUUGAGAAUCUCUAA